CAGGAAGCUGCCCUGCCAAACUUCACAUGUUUCAUAGGGUAGGCAUCAGCUCUAAAGAGGAAAUAUACAUUUAAACCCAAACAGGCUCCGCUUGAAGAAAACAUUGGUUUUCACUGCAGCUAUGAAUUAAGAGAAAACAAAAGGAAUUUGAAUGCUGCUUAAGAAGGACAGGCCUGGGAAAAAGGACUCCUGAGGAACAGCAGCCAGAAGAUUCAGCAUGACGGAAGCAUUCACAGGAACAACGGCCGAAUACGCUUACGACGAACAAGCUUUUUCCUGCAAUAAGACUGACAUCCAAGAGUUUGGGAAAAUAUUCCUGCCAAUAUUCUACAUUGCAGUGUUUGCUCUCGGCCUCACAGGGAACCUCAUGGUGGUUUUUGCCAUUGUGAAAGAAGGCAGCAAGAAAAGCAUCACUGACAUCUAUCUACUGAACUUGACUAUCUCGGACCUUCUCUUCGUGAUCUCCCUCCCCUUCUGGGCCUCCAACACGGUGCGUGGAUGGACCCUCGGGACUGUUCCAUGCACGGCUGUUUCCUCACUGUAUUACAUUGGUUUCUUUGGGGGCAUGUUCUUUAUCACCGUUAUCAGUAUUGACAGGUACUUGGCCAUUGUCCGGGCGACGUAUUCUCUGCAAUUCAGAACAGUGAAGCAUGGCUUCCUUAUAAGCUGUGCAGUGUGGGCAAUAGCUCUUCUAGUUUCAGUGCCACAGUUUGUGUUCUCCCAGCUGGUAGAAAACGACUGCAUUUCUAUCUACCCCCAGGAGCUGGAGAACAUCUGGCCAGUGUUCUGCAAUGUGGAGCUGAACACCCUUGGGUUUUUCAUCCCGGUCUGUAUCAUUUGCUAUUGCUACUGUGGGAUCAUCAGAACCCUGCUGUCCUGCAAGAACCAGAAAAAAGCACGGGCUGUAAAGCUGGUCUUGGUCGUGGUGGUGGUGUUUUUUCUGUUUUGGUCCCCCUACAACGUCCUGAUUUUUCUAGAGACUUUAAGGCACUAUGAGGUAUUCACAAGUUGCAACCAAAUUAAAUCCCUGGACUACGCAAUGCACCUGACUGAAACCAUCGCGUUCAGCCACUGCUGUCUCAAUCCUUUUAUCUAUGCCUUUGCUGGGGAAAAAUUCAGGAAAUACCUUCAUCGUGUCUGCUUAAAGUACUGCCCAUUCCUGUGCUUCUGUGGGCCCUGCAGCCGCUACCAGCUCACCCCUUCCGCCAGCUAUGCAGAAAGCACUGUCAACAGCAACAUAACCCUCAACACCAGCGACCAGGAUGGCUCUGUCUUCGUCUGAAAGGCUCUGUGGAGAAGACAUGUGUGUGAAUACAUCAUCUGCAGGGCCAGCCACCUCUGAGAGCUGUCAUUACCCGUAUGAAGAGGCUCAACGGCUGCACUGAAUCACUGACGUGCCUCUUGUUAAGCAUUAGAAGUUCUAAACCAGUGAAGAUUUUAAGAACCAAAGCAGUACAACAUGUCAAGGCUGAAUGUGGAAUUGAAUUGAGAGAGAGCAAGGGGGAAGGUGGAGCAAAAGCAGCACUCUUGGCCUGGCGUGGGAGUUGGAGAAGAAUUUAAGGAGAGGGAAGCUGUUGAGUAGUUUCAUCAUUAAAACUUGCACAUGUGCCGGUGUAUGAACAUGGGGUACAAAUGUACAUAGACCUCAACUCAGUUUUUGAGGGACUGGAGAUCUGUUUAAUGAAUGGUAGCUGACUGUUAGCAAGGGUAAUGGUUUUGAUAUUUAAG